UUCACUCCCAGGCAGAAGCAGCCGCGGUGACACUCGAAGUGAAAGCGAAAGAGGAGGAGGCCAAGGGCUGGAGAGAAAGCUACAGGCCAGAAAGGGUGGUUCGGAGAGCCCCCUCUUCUCCAGCCGGGACGCACCCGCCGGAGCAGUGGGGAAGGACGGCGGGGCGGGAGGGGUGGCAGCGCAGCCCCCAUGGGCGCGGGGCAGGGCUGGUGCCUGCUGCUCUGCCUGGCCCUGUCCCGAGUGGCGGCAGACCCAGAAGAAAGGCAGUGGCGGGAGGUGGAUGUGGUCCUAGACUGCUUCCUGGUGGAGGAAGACAGGCACCCUGGAAGUCUUGCCAGCAGUAGGACCACGGUGGAGGCCUUGCUCGUGCUGAGGCAGGUACCAGUGCUGGAUGAUGGCUCCCUGGAAGCCUUCACUGAUUUCCAAGGGGGCACACUGGCCAAAGACAACCCACCUGUUACCUUCGAGGCCUCAGUGAACUUGGUACAGAUUCCUCAAGCCGAGGCCUUACUCCAUGCUGACUGCAACGGGAAGGAGGUAUCCUGUGAGAUCUCCCACUAUCUCCUCCAGGCCACUGAGAAGAAAGCUUCGUUCAUUGCCAACGUGCAGGUACCCGGAGGGGGACCUAGUGUCUCCAUGGUGAUGAAGGUUCUCAGGGAUGCUGAGAAUGGGGCUGUUUUGCACCCCACACUGAAGCUGCCCCUGAGCCCCCAGGGGAUGGUGCAGACUGCAGUGGAGCUCCAAGUGACAACACAGACCCCAUUGCUGAAUUUCCUGCUGGGGUCCUCAGCCUCCCUGCACUGUGGCUUCUCCGUGGCCCCGGGCUUAGACCUGACUGGCGUGGAGUGGCGGCUGCAACAUAAGGGCCACGGCCAGCUGGUAUACAGCUGGACCACGGGGCAGCGGCAGGCCAAGCGGGAGGGUGCCUCCCUGGAGUCAGAGCAGCUACUCCUGGCCGGGGAUGCCUCCCUCACCCUGCCUAGCCUCACCCUGAAGGACGAGGGGACCUACAUUUGCCAGAUCACCACCUCUCUGUACCAAGCCCAACAGAUCGUCCAGCUCCACGUCCAAGCUUCCCCCAAAGUACAACUAAGCUUGACAAACAAAGCGCUGCCACCCACCCUCAUCUGCAACAUCGCUGGCUAUUAUCCUCUGGACAUGACUGUGACGUGGAUCCGAGAAGAGCCAGGUGGAGCCCCAGUCCCCGUCUCUGGGGCCUCCUUCUCCAGCCUCCGGCAAAGCACAGCGGGCACCUACAGCGUCUCCUCCUUCUUGAAGGCAGAACCUGGCCCUGAAGGCACCACUUACACCUGCCAGGUCACCCACAUCUCCCUGGAGGAGCCCCUUAGGUCCACUGCCUGGGUUGCCCCACCAGAGCAGAAAACGGCCUUUGGAGUCCUCUUGGCCAGCAGCCUCUUCCUUCUUACACUGUUGUUCCUGGGGCUCCAGAGAUGGCCAGCUCCCUCACCGAGGUCUGCCAAGACGCUGAGGCCCUCUGGGUAACCACUCUCCUGCCUCAGUAAGAAGAAAGAGUAGUCACAUUCUCCCAGAAGGACCCUAAAAAGGCCUGAAGAAAGGCAUGAGGAAGGCACAGGUCACAGGGGCUUGGGCUCGGGCUCUGUGCACGUCUCUGCCUUCCUUCAUUGUGUCCCUGGGCUGAACACCAAAGGAGAAAACGUGAAGAGGUGAGAGGGUGGUAGGAAGGCAGAAUGUCUGUGUGGAGGUUAAAAAUAAGCCUGUGGUAGGAAAAGAAAAUGGGAAGACAUUAAGAAAGGAGCAAGUGAGGGGCUGGGGGGCAAAAGGGUGGGGGUUGGGCCAUCACAUGCAAACAUUUGAACUCUGUCCAAAUAAAAGCCCCUUGUGUCCUCAGAAACAAAGCUUUUCCACGUUGCCAUCUUUCCCCACACUGGACCCAAAUGAGCCCUGUCCCCAAGCCUAGCCAUGCCGCCAACUCGCAGAGUGUUCAAGGUGUCAAACGAAGGCCCUCAGAGGCAGCCUUGGGGCUCCACGCCAGUUGCUCUGUGUACCCUUGAGCUGCAAUUAAGGUUGUACCCCUUUAGACAGCUACCGGGCAUUUCAGGAUACCUACAAACUCCUCAGUCCCUCAACUGCAGGGGGAAGAUGUCUCUUUUCAUCCAUUUCUAAAUUGUGUCUGGUCAGCACAGUGGAACUCGGCGUAAGGAAACUACGUGAGGCUGCUGGGGAACGGGUGUGUUUGCCGAGGCCUCAUCUCGGCACGCCCCCGGGACAGGCCGCGCAGCCUGGGGACCUAGGAAGGAGGUGGACAGGAGGUGUCUGAGAAAACCUGCAGUUGUUUGUGAGGUGAUGUUCGAGAUGCCCACUCAGCUUCCUGCCAUCACUUCCUCUCGCUAGCACCUGGAAGAGUUGGGCUGCUCCAGGUACGAACAAGAGCAGAGACCACUUCCUCUGCCAACACACACAUCUUUCAUCUCGAGAAGACCACACGGCACACAUAAGCCAGCCUUCCGGCCUCAC